UUCGCUCGGUGGGCGAAGUAGGUUUUUUUUCAUUCGAAUUUAUAUAAUAAGUGUUUGAACGUCGGUUCUUGUACGAAGGGACAUAUUUUGUGGAAGUUUGACGGGAGUGGUGUGAUAAUUGAAAUAACUCUCAGUCUUAAUUCAUAACCGAGGCUGACGGAUUUAUCGGUAUUUUGCGAAGCAGCACAUUAUGCGCUAACUUAGUGAAAUGGCUGCCAACGAACAACGUCAAGAGCAGGAUCAAAGGGAGCCAGCGCAUCAUGCAAGGCGUCCAAUGAAUGCAUUCCUAAUUUUCUGCAAACGACAUCGUGGCGCGGUGCGAAUUGGCUUUCCACAUUUAGAGAAUCGCGCGGUAACUCGUGUGCUCGGCGAAUGGUGGGCGACUCUUCAUCCUGAUCAGAAACGUUCUUACACCGAUCUUGCGCAAGAGUACAAAGAUGCAUUUCUUAACGCGAAUCCAGAUUUCAAAUGGUACAAAUUACCUGCACCACCAUUACGCACUUUGACAACUCGACCAACCAAUAAGAAACAAGAAUUGGAUUUGAGUGAUCAGCAAGCCCAAUAUUUGAACAGCUCAGCGUCAGAAUCCACAAAGAUUGAUAAGAGAGAGGGACAAUCGAUUCAGCCUGGAAAAUUGGCAGAUGAGUCUCAAAUUGGUGGUCUCAGUUCCCUUUUUACCCCACAAAAAAUAAAAACGGAAGAAAUUUUGCCAGUAACAAACGGUACAAAUAAUAUUACAAAUGAUAACGACGAUAGCAUACCAAAACCUCCGAAAAAACGGUGUACCGAGCUUCCACACCCCGUCAGUCAGAAAAGGGAAAUUAAGAUCAACUUGUUCGGUGAAAAAAAGAAAGAAUCCAACAACAAUAAUCAACAACUUAUCGGUGUUGAUAAUGAGAAGAGUGCCAAUAAUUUGUACUACGAAGGUGCAGGAUCGCCUGAGGAAAGUACUUUUCGGGGAGAGAGAACCUGCAAAGGAUUACGUUAUCAGAAAUUUCUUGCAGAACAGUCGCGAGCUAUCGGGCCACCUGGACAGCAGACAAGGCGAAGAAGAGCAGCUGAAUUUCUCAGUCUCGAAGAACAAACAAUUGAAAGGAGGAAUUCAAUUUCUUCAAAUUUCAGUGAAAAGACUGACUCCGUGAGCAGCGAAGGCAGCAGUAGCACUCGAGGUGAAUUAGAACAUCUGGUGGAAAGUGCUGAGGGAAAGCUCGAGGCUUCAAAACCAGAAGAAACAGAGAUAGAAGAAGCAGGUGGUCAAUUGCAAUAUGAAACUUGGACCCCUCGCAAAAGAUUCAAGGCUGAAGAUUUCAAUUUAGAAAAAAAGAUAGAGGCGCUGCCAUCUCUGAGCUUAGAAGAAUUCCAAGAAAAGAAAAAGCAGCAGCGUAUCAAGAAGAAAAAGAUCUUACAAAAAUCAAACCACAACAAUUUGAGUCAAGAACAUAGUAAUUGGUCAACCAUUAAGCAGUCGAAUGACGUAUCAGAAAGAGCAUUAUUGGUCGGAAGUCAAAAGCGAAAAGCACGAAAGCAAAGCAUCACGCGUAAUGCUGGAGCAAGCUGUGCAGUCCAAGGCAGUGAAAACCAAGACACUAAAGUAGAAUGGGGUACAGCUCCGGACCUUGGUGCACUGGCCUGCCUUGCAGCAGUUGCUGCCGACCGAACCAAACUCACAAAAUAAUAAUGCCUCCUCUAAACUUUGUAUGAGAGUUCGAAUUAACUUAACGUAAUACAACCCCCAACACCACCAAAAUAUGUAAUUUGAUACUACACACAUACAAAUAUAUACGUACCGUGAAUAUUUCUCGAAGCAAUCUCGUCCAGGCACUCAAGGUGAUACUGUGACUUGCAUCAACUGCUGUGAGUUGGGCCCAACUGUGAGAACGAGUGAACUCCUUCAAGGUAUAUUCACGGUACAUAUUUUAUACAUAUAUAUAUAUAUAUAUACACGAAUAUAAACGUUAUUAUCAUUGUUAUUAUUGAUACACUAUUAUGUCCCAUUAAAUUUAUGAAACUUAAUAUAAGAAAUUUCGUUAAUAUACAUAUAGUGAUAGGUGACCGUAUAGUAUAGGUAAACAGGGAUAUUUUUAAAAUAUUUUAAUACGAGUUACGUUUAUACCAUAGUUAUUACCGCAGCAUGUACCUAACACCAUUUACCAAUAUUAUUUCUCCAUCGUUAAUCAAUUCUUACUAUUCGUUUACGUGAUUUUUGAUAAUACCAGAUUCGUAUGGAUAUUUGGUUUGAAAUUUAAUUUUGAGUCUUGUGAUUAUUUGCAGCUUUAUAUUUUCUUUCAAGUUUCCUUCUCUCUCUCUCGCUUCCGAAAUUUCUUUUUCGCAUUGCUAAAGAAAC